AGUAUAGCCUGUUUGCAGUCAUGUUUAUUGAAGUUUAUCGGUUGCUUUUCACCGGGCGGAAUAUUUAUUAUGAGUACAUAGUUUGAUGCUCCUUGAAAAGGUGGCAUUUGGAAAUUUCUUUAUCAGAGUCAAGCAUAGAUUUUAGAAGACUUAAAUUAACCUUCAGAAGCUGAAUUGUACUACUAAAUAUGCGUGAAAUGUUUCAGAAUCUUCAUAAAAACGAAUUCCGCACGCAAUUGACCACAAGUUAGUGAAUAGGUUAGAAGAUACUUCACUUUUCAACUUCGUAUUUGUAAAAAAAAAAAUAUAAUACUCAAGAAUGGACUUCAAAGAAUCUGACAUUAAAGAUCUUGCCAGCAAGGAUCAUGAAGUUCUAGGUUCAGAUUUUUGCUCUGGAUAUACUGACGUAUUUGGAAAGUGGAAUACUGGCUUCGAGUGUCCACGCAUGCGCAGUGGUGAAACUGUCUACUGUUGUGGAACUGUUCUAUAUAAAUACUGCUGCACAAGAAAGGAACAUAAUACUGGACCUGGCAUCAGCCAGUCUGUAAUUCUGGGUACAACACUGGGCUCGGUAGUUGUUCUCAUCCUCGUAGCUGUGGUUUCAUGUCUUGUGUGCAGGAAAUGCCCCCCUUACAGACGAGCUCAUCCUUCUAUUAAUGGAGGACCAUUCUACAAUCUUCAUUGCAGCAGCACGACAAGCGGUAUGACUAACUUGUAUUCUGGACAGACGACAGCCUCUACAACUCCUCAUGACAACGCACACAUAAUGAUAGAUAUGGAUGCUAUGAAUUUGCAUAGAGCAUCCACUCUACAGAUGUCAAGAAUGGGGCUGAGAUACGACGCUCCGUCGGAUCCCCCACCGCCUUACAACGAGCAACAACCCAUGAAUGGUGAUGCAGUGCCAAUGACAAUAAAUACUAUUCACGAUAGGGUUUCGUCUUCAGACGCUUGUGGUGGAGUUGUUAAUUCAGAACUACUGCAUAUGAAACCCUUACAUUCUGCACAAUCUGAAUUUCAAGAGGAGUCACACAACUCCCCGAAAUUCUGACAUCACGUCAGCAUAUAUUAAACUUUGCUUGUGAAUUGUAAAAAACAAAAACAAAAAAAAACAUCAACAUUGCUUAAAAUAGAACUGUGUAUGCAUUCGUCAACGCAUAUUUUUCUAUAUUCAUCCGAAAUCAGGCUUGGUGGUAAAUAUGUAACAAGACUGUAGACAAUUUGAAGAACCUAUAACUAUGAACGAAGUGUUUUCUAAUUUUCAUGUCAUUGUUAUGUAAACUUUGAUCAAAUCAAAAAGGGCUUGCAAUAAAAUAGAAA